AUGACUCACUCUCUGAGCUGGCGAGCCCUCGUGGCUAUUACCCUGACGGUUUCAGCUUCUGCAUAUCCCCAUCAAACAUACCCAAACCUCGUCCCACGUGCCGGAUGCCCCAUCCCUGAUAUCUGCACCUGGGGUAGUUGCACCAACACCACUAUUGGUCUUGAUCCCCGAAACUGUGGAAAGUUUGGGAACUCCUGUGAACCUUCAGAGAUCUGCAUUGCCGGCCAAUGUCUCCCGCUUGAUCUCGGUACAGACGAUUGUCCUACCGCAUGCAAGCCUGGUCAAUUGUGCACCAACGGCGAGUGUGUCUCCAUCGAGAUCGCAGUCGAUCCUCUUCACUGUGGAGGAGAAUCCUGUGGUCCUUCAUCUCUCUGCAUCAACCAACAAUGUCAAAAGCUCGACAUCGGCUCAGAUCCUGCAUCCUGCGGCCCUUCCAAUACCAAAUGCGAUGCUGGAAGCUGGUGUCUUUACGAUACCUGCGUUCCCUUUAUCCUCGGUACCAACGUUCAAGCCUGCAAUGAGAGAACUUCGUGUUCUCUUGAUACUUCCCAGAACUGCACUGCCGGGCAAGUCUGUGUUUCUGGGCGAUGUCAGUCCCUUGAAGAUGAAGAUACAAACCAGAACUGCGGUACACCCUGCGAGUCUGGCUCAUGGUGCUUGGGUGGUGCAUGCGUACCGAUUAGUAUCUCGACGGAUACUUCUCAGUGCGGUAGUAGCGCCGAACCAUGUGGCAAGGGACAAGUCUGCGUCUCAGGGCAGUGCAUUAGCAACCUGGUUCACCAGGAAAGCAUCCCUAGGGCGGCGUGUAGUCUUUCUACACGUCCAGGAGGAUUUGUUUCCGGGUCUGGAGGGUCUUCAGACCAGAACAACAACGGAGGCGGUCGAGAAGGUUCUACCAAUGACGCCACUUCGGAACAGGGUGGAAAUCAGCAAGGAGGAGACUCUACCUCGAACAACAAUGGCUCUGACGGCGGUUACCCGGGCGGCUUCCCGGGCUCACGUCCAGGUUCCAACUCUGGCUCUGGUAACAACCAGGGUGGCACCGAUAACUUUGGCGCUGGUCGUCCAGGCCCAGGCGAGGAUGGUAAGGGAUUUCCAUCUUCUGCAUGCGAGCCAGAGUGCGCAUCAAACUUCAUCUGCGUUAGCGGAGAAUGCCUUUCGGUUUCGGACCCCUUAUCCUGCGGACCCUCCACCAACCUCAAUCGCCUAUUCCAUCGGCAAAACGCUGUAUGUCCACCAGGUUAUGCCUGUAUCGACGACCGCUGCGUUCGAGUAGAUGGACCCAUCAGCUGCGGCGGCUCUAUCUGCCCUGCCAACUAUGCCUGUAUCCAGGAAGCGUGCGUCCCUCUUGCAGAUCCCACCGACUGCGGUGGUGAGACGUGUGCCAGUGAUGAGAUCUGCUUGGGUAAUACCUGUGUAUCGAACCCGGCAUUGGCUAGCUGUGUUGGUGUCGUUUGCCCUCCCGGACAGGUAUGCCAGAACGGAGACUGUGUCGCCGCCGGUGGCGCGCCUGGUGCAAACGGCAAUCCUCAGGGUAAUGGCGGUAGACCCGGCAGUGAUGGUGGUUCUCCCGGCGGUGGCUCUGGGAACGGCGGUUCUAAUGGAGGAGACAACGGUGGAGGCACUGGAGGAUCCGGCAACGGAGGAUCCAGCAACGGAGGAUCCAGCAACGGAGGAUCCGGCGGUGGUUCCAACGGAGGUUCAAAUGGAGGUUCCAGUGGGGGAGGCAACGGUGCCUCUCCUGGCGAUGGCUCAGGCAAUGGAGGCUCCGGCAACGGUGGCAGUAGCGGUGGAUCCAAUGGGGGAUCACCAGGCGGCAACGGUGGUUCUCCAGGUAAUGGUUCAGGGAAUGGACCAGACAGCGGCAACCCGGAAGGAAAUGGUGGCCGACCUGGUCCGGAUCUUGGUGGUGAUGGCUCUUCUACUGGCAACGGUGGUGGAGAUGGCGGUGCAGCUGUAACCUCACCACCCGCAGAUACUGCUACCCGCUCGGGAGCUGGCAAUCUUCCAGGUUCGACAGCAGCCAGUGCUGACGCCAGUGACGAUGCGCCUAUCAUCAACCCUGGCCCUGGCACGACUGGCACAGACGGACUCUCAGCUUCAACUACCAGCAUUCGAGGUCGCCCUGAUGGUAAUGGAGGAUCAUCCGCUUCAGGUGAUGGUGGCGGCGAUUCUCCUACUCUAGCCUCGACUGGAGCGGCGGAGACCGGUGCUGCUACAUCUGAUGCAGGACCUAUCGUGGACCCUGGAUCUGAUUCAACAGACCUUUCGGGUGCCAGCACGAGAGUAACAGGUGGUGCAGAAGGUGGCGGAGGCUCUGAGAUUACGCUCAGCGGAACUUCUUUGCCCACUGACACCAGCGGGGAGUCUCCUACCGACGGCGGUAGCUCCGCGGCCGGAGGUGUCGGUACCGAUACGACAGACAUUGACAAUCCCGGUGCACCUAGUACCGACGGAAGUGGUAUUUCGGCUUCUGAGACUGGUGCCACUGGCACCGAUGUCGAUGGACAGACAGAGACAGCAUCCACUACUCAAGCCGCAACUGCUGCGCCAACGCAAACUACACCAUGCUCCACAGACGAUGAUUGCCUUCUCAAUGUCGCUCUCUGCGUUUUCAAUGGCCUCAAUAUCUGUACUUGCGUCGACGGAGUCUGCACGCAGCAGCCCGGAGGUCCUGAAGGUACAGGAGUCACCGGCUCUGACCUUGGAACCUCAACAGGAGGUGAUGUAGAGCCAACUGAUAGUGCUGGGUCGACAGUCACGGAUGGCAAUGGAGAGACUGCUACUACAACAACAGAAGAUCCAGCCGCAACAUCGGUAGUAUCGUGUUCGACAGAUGACGACUGUCUAGCCAAUGCUGUCUUUUGCUCAGAUGGCUUACUCAACCUAUGCAUCUGCGUUGAUGCCAUUUGUAUUCUCGAUCCUACUUUAGCUUCGACCACUGAUGCCAACAACGGACAGACAACUACCGUCCAGGAUGCUACCACCACAGAUGGAGAAGCAGCCGCAACAUCAUCAGCUGUUGCCUGUACUACAGACGCUGACUGUUUAGCCGAUCUUGGCCUCUGCUUCGAUGGCCUCAUCAAUCUAUGCAUCUGCGUAGACGCCAUCUGCAUUGUUGACCCAGCGUUAGCCACGACAUCUGGUCUUGACAAUGGACAGACAACUACAGAUGCUGGUGCUACGACCACAGAGGAAGCACCAGCCGCGACAUCAACAGCAGUGGCCUGUACUACAGACGCUGACUGCUUAGUUGAUGUUGAUCUUUGUGUAGACGGUCUACUCAAUCUAUGCGUUUGCGUAGAUGCUGUCUGCAUUCUCGAUCCAGCGUUAGCCACUACUACUGCCGAUGCUACAGUCACAGCGACACAGCCAGCUCCAACAGAGACAACUGCAGUUGCUUGCUCCACAGCCGAUGACUGCACUGUCAAUGUAGACCUCUGUAUCAUUGGAGGACUCAACCUUUGUGUCUGCCUCAACGGAGUCUGCGUUGCUGAUCCGAACGGUCAGGAAACAACAUCUGCGAACCCUACUGCGACGAACACUGGACCAGGAGCUACUUCAACUGCAGUAGCUUGCUCUACAGCUGAUGAUUGCGCUGUCGAUGCGGAUCUAUGCCUUGACGGAUUGAUCAACCUUUGCGUCUGUCUCAAUGCCGUCUGCGUUAAUCCUGGAGGAGGCAACGAUCCGACAACCACAGGGACGGGCGUGGGAUCAGGACCUACCACAGCACCGGUGUCUUGCUCUACGGCUGAUGACUGUCUAGCUGAUGCUGAUCUAUGCUUAGACGGUCUGCUGAACCUCUGUGUCUGCCUCAACGCUGUCUGCGUUGUAGCAAACCCUGGGGGUGAUCCGACUGAAACAACUGAGCUGCCACCUGCAAACACUAGAACUCCAUGCGCCACAAACGGUGACUGCACAGCUAACGCGGCACUCUGUCUAGACGGGCUGAUCAAUAUUUGCGUUUGCCUCGAAGGUUUAUGUAUCGUCAGCCCUAUUGUGAAUCCCACGGAAACGACCGCUCCUGCACCGACAGAGACUGCUACAACUUCGUGCAACACUGCCGAUGACUGUACCGCGAAUGCUGGUCUUUGCUUAGACGGGCUUCUCAAUCUUUGCCUCUGUGUCAACGCAGUUUGUAUACGAUCACCAGGUGGCGGUGGUAACAAUGGCGACCCCUGCACUGACGACACUGAUUGUACUGCUGCCGGGGCUGUAUGCCUCGAGAGUGGUGUAUGUGGACCUGACCCAGGAAACACACCAACUUCCUGUACUACAGCCGACGACUGCACCGCCAACGCCGCUCUCUGUUUGGAUGGUCUGUUAAACCUCUGCGUUUGUCUCAAUGCGGUCUGUGUACAAGCUGGCAACGGCGGUGGGGACGGUGAUACUUGUACGGAUGAUCCCGACUGUACUACCCCUGGGUCUGUCUGUCUUGAAAGCGGCGUCUGCGGACCUGAUCCAGGCAACAACCCAACUUCAUGUGCUACGGCGGAUGAUUGUACAGCAAACGCUGGCCUUUGCCUCAAUGGGCUUCUCAACAUCUGCCAAACGCUAUCCUUUGCCUCAAUGGGCUUCUCAACAUUUGUGUCUGCCUCAACGCUGUCUGCGUACAGGCCGGAGGUGGCGGUGGAGGCAAUACUGGCGAUGCGUGCACCGGCGACGGUGACUGCACUACUCCUGGAGACACAUGCAACAACGGUAUAUGUUCGGCAGCAGGAGGCGGAGGUACAGAUGCUUGUGUCGACGCCAACGACUGCCUCCUCUCCGUCAAUCCUCUCUGCGCUCUCGGUCUGUGUGUCUGCGUCGAUGCAGUCUGUGCUACAUCCCCCGAUGUUGAUGAAUGUACCUCCAACGCAGGUUGCAGCGCUGGAGCUACAUGUCAAAAUGGUGUUUGUGUUGACAACACCGAUUGCACUGGUGCAGCUGAUUGUCUCGCUAACCUUGAUCUUUGCGUUUUGCCGGGAGUUUGUGCUUGUGUCAAUGGUGUUUGUGGACUGGUUGGUAAUGGACCCACGCCGGAGUGUGCUGCUGCUGCGGAUUGUCGAACUCUGCCGAGGUGUCGUCUGGGAUUGUGUCUUUGUGUUGCUGGACAGUGUAUUCUUGGCUAACGGGUUUGGUGCUUGGAGCUGGUGCGGUGAUGUUUGUAUUCAUGUAUUAUACGUUGGUGGUUCAGCUGGCAUGUUUUCGAUACUAAUUCUAAUUUUGAUUCUUCCUCAUCACUCAAUCUCCUCCAGCAUCCGCGUCUUCGGACACUUGCUGUAUGUUCUUGGCUACCAUUACAACAACAUGGCUUUCGCUCCUUAUUUAAAUUCGUUUCUGGAUCUUCCCUUGUAA